AUGAAAGGAAAUAAAAACAAAAUUAUUAAAUGUAAGAUUCCAUCAUUUGAUCGUCUUUCAUUUCCUACUCUUGGGAUGCUGAUCAGCAAGAAAUUGAAGAAACAAAGAAUCCGGGUACGAGCAGAUAAUAAGAUGAAUAUGAGACUUGAAUAUAACCAUCCAAAAUUACAAAAAAUGAAUUCAGAAAAAAUAUAUCAUUCAAAUAAUCAAUUAAUGGAAUUCCCAUUACCAUUUGUUGAUGAGUUCCAUAUAGAUAAUGAUAUUUUUGAUAAAUUAAGUCUUGGAAACGCUCAACAAAUUCCUUCAAGCAAAAUGAUUGAGUUGGUGUUUAGUCAAAAUCCAUUUGAAAUAAUUACAGAUACAGAAAAAGAAGAUAUAGGUAAUUUUGAUAUUCCAACACAAUGCUGUAGAACAAUUAACAAAGAGGUUGAGAAUGGAAAAGUUUUUAAAAUGAUUUGGAAUGAGGUUGAUAUUGUAAUGGAUGAAAUUAUACUUGAUAAAUACGAAGAGGAAUUUAUUAAUCCUCCAUUUCAACAAAAAGUAGAAGUACAAGAAUAUUGUCACUUUGAUGGAUUAAAAAUAGGUGUUAGUCCAUAUCAUUAUCAAUUAGUUAAUGAAGAAAAAUCUUUUAUUAAUGAGAAAAUAAAUUAUAUAAAAGACAACCAGCUUUUUGAAAUAGAAGAAGUUUUAUUUGAUCCAAUACUAGAAAAUGAAAUUGUAAAAGAAAUACAAAUCGAAACAAAAAUGAUAAUUGAAAAUGAAGAAGGUUGGGAAAGAAUAAAGAAAGAUGGAAAGAAGUGGAUGGAAAAAUGGAAAGAGAAGAAAGACAUAAUUUGGAAAAUGAAAAAUAAUAAUAAUUUACAACUACCAAAUGUCAAAAUAAAAAAUCCAACAUUACUUUUUCCAUUUAUCACAAAGAAGUUUUUUAUUGAAGAAUAUAAUUUAAGAAUAUUUGAUAUUAACACUGCUUCUUUCAAAGAGAAGUUCGGAAGAAUAGCACUACUUAAAAUGGUUGAAUUAAAAGAACCAAAAAGAGAUUAUAAAAUUAUAGGAAAUGAAGAAAAAGUAAAAGAAAAAGUAAAAAUUACAAUGGCAAAUGAUGACUUUGAAAUAGAAGAAGAAGACAAUAAAGAGGAAACAAGUUCUAUUGACUCGAAUGAAAUCCAAGAAAUAUUAAAUGAAAUGCAAUCCAUAACAUCAAAAAUCAACAAACAAAUAGAAGAAAAAAGAAAAGAAGAAAUACCACAAAAGAACCAAAUCAUUCAAAUUAAAAAUCCAAAAGAAGAAAUAGAAAAAGCAGAAAAAUUAAUAAAAGAGACAAGAUUUAAUAUACCAUAUUCUCAAGAACUAAAAGAAAUGUUUGAAAAAAGAAAAACCGUAAUACAAAAUAAAGGAAAGAGUAAAUUUAAGAAAAGAAUAAAUAAAGAAGAAAAUAAAAAAAACGAAUUAUCUUACAUCAAACCUAUUGAGAUUAAAAGUAAAAUUCGAGAGAAAUUAAUGAAUAAAGUUGACCAAUACUUUAACUUAACAAAUGAAAAUAUUUUUCAGAUGAAUGAAAUUGAUCAAUGCUUCCCUUGGAAUAAAAAACAUAAAGAAGUUAUUAUUCCAAGUAAUGUUAUGUCUAAUAUUAAGAAAAUUAUUUAUCUUACUGAUAGUAAUGAUUUUGUUCAAAGUUAUAAAACAAUGACAACAGAAAAUAGAAAGAAAAGAAAUUUACUUUUAUCUCCUUGUUAUCUAAUUUCAUUCAUUGCAACAGAAAUUAAUUCUCUAAUUCAGAUUCAACCAAAUGCAAAAUUUCUUAUUUGUUGUGAACCAAUAUUUUUUGAUUAUAUUCAAUUAUUAAUAACAUAUUAUCUUGAAAAUGACGCGAAUUGUUCAUUUGGUAUAAUAAAAUCAGAUGAAACAAAAGAAAAUAAUAAUAAUAAUAUGGUUUCAUUUAUUAACUUAAAGGAUGUUAGAGAUGAUAUUAUUAAGAGAUACAAUCAAGUCUUUUAUAUUAAUAAGUUGUCUGAUCAUGGGAUUUGUUUUAAUUAUAUAGACAAAAUUAACCAAGAAGAAAUCACAAAACAAAAGAAUUCUAUCAGAAAAGGAUUUAAACCAAUUGCAUCACAUAUCAUUAAUACAGAAAGUUGUCCAGUGAAAGAAAAAUUACUCAAACUUCUCAUUGAAACAAACCAACCUAAUGAACUAAUAACUAAACUAGUUCAAACAGAUGAUAUUGGAAGUAUUAUUGAUAAAUUAUCUCAACAAGAAUUUAAUGAAAUUAAAAAAAAUUAUGAAAAUGGAAUAAUUAUCAAUAACCAAAUUGAAGAGAUUAUUAAUCAUUGGAUAGAAACAAGAAAUACAAAACUCUUUGAUUUUAUCUCUUUUAAUCCAUUAAUCCAAACAAAAGAAAUUAAAGAAAUUAAAUGGAAUCUUAUCACAGAAUUAUUAGUUAUUUUUCCAAAUGAUCUUCUAACAAUUAGUUUAAUUGGAGAAUUAUGUUUAACUAAUAAAAUUACAUUAACUAUUAUUAUUAAUUCAUUACAAAAAAUUCCAUCUAUUGGUUCAAUGGCAUUAUCAAAUGAAUUAUUGAGAAAACAUAUUAAAAAUAUUGAUACUUUACAAGUAAAACUAAAAGAAAUUAAAUCUCAUCAAAUUUAUUUUGUUCACCAAAUCAAUUAG